AUGGCAGGUGUAAACCAGGAUAGUCAAGUCUUGCCGCCGCCCACCUGCGCAAUCAAUGGAAUGGAAAUAGAGGAAUUGCGGAAGGAAGAGCACAAUGAUUGGCACUUCAUGUUCACCUGUGGUGCUGCGAGAAGAAUCUAUGACCCCACACAGAGGAACUGUCAGGGAGUCGGCCCCGUCGUAAACGUGCCAAAUUCGACGGAGAUCCCUAGAUGUGGGAAUUCACCAUCACCAAGUGUCGUUACGAAAGCAAUGAUUCCAGGGAAUGUCGGCCAUGUCCCGGGCGAGACAAAGACCCUGAAUAUUGGGUCUAUAGAGGCAGAGGAAAGGCGAGGAAACCACAGCAAAGGCAGCAAGGGUUACCCUGGAAGCAGAAAAAUGAGCACAUUGAGGAGAGGAUGGGAUGGGAAAAGUGAAACGACGCGACUGAGUGGUGAACUUUGA